AUGCAGAACACUAAACUAUCUGAAUCAAUCGCUUAACUUGAUUGCAUUAAAAAGAAAAUUCACAAAAUUAAGACCCAUAAUGAAAAAUUGCAAAAUAACAUAAAAUUAUGUCCAUUUCCACCUGGAAAGCAAACAAUAGCUCAAAAUCUCUAUCCUAUCAAACUUAAUAUACCCUUAGCUUCACUGAACAUUAAAGAGACUAUGUUAGAAGAAUAAAUUUUAUGGGACUUUGAAGAUGAUUAUUCAGAUGAAAAAUUAUUUAGAAAUCUCUUUGCCAUUAUUAUAGAUUUAUUAGAAGAAAAGUACCCAAAUAAAAUUGCAAAACUAACUGCAUUUGAAGCACAUAGUAUUAUAAUUAUUUUAUCAUUAAUUAGAAAUUAUUGAAGAUUGUUUAUUUCAAGUCAAAUUAGCAAUAGAGGAUCAUAAAAAAUAUAAACAUAUACAAGAUAUAUUAGCUUUUGAAUAAUUUAUUGAUAAAAAUGAUUCCAUGAUAAAUUUACAAAUUAAUACAUCCAAAAUCAAAGAGACCAUAUAAUGGGAUUUAGAAAAUGCAUUCAAUUAGUAUUGAUAAAUAACCUAUAUAAUAGUAUUGAUGAAUUUGUACAUGCUUAUUGCUAUGAAAAUAAAUUAGAAAAAGAAUACUUUGUUUUAAUCGGAAAUUAAAUUAGAGAAUAAAUAUAAAAAGCAUAUGAAAAAAGAUUUCGGAUUGCAUAAAAAUUACUUAUAGAUGAUUAAACAGGUAGAAAAAUAUUACAAUAUCAAAAGAAUUCAAAUAGAAAUUGAUCUCAUUUUUAGACUAUCCCUCUUUUGAACCUUAUAAUCCAAUUAAAGAAUUACCAUAAAGUAAUGAUUUAAAUAUAUUUUUGAAAAAAAACAUUGAAUUUUUGCCAUCUGAUUUAUAAAUACUUUAUGGAUAAAAACCACAAAACAAAUAAAUGUAAAAAUCAAUAUAAAAAAUAGACUUGAAUUAGGAGUAGAUUAAGAUGAUACUAAAAAAUUUGAAAAAGAAUUUAAUUAAAAAUCUAAAUAUCUUGAUUAGACUAUCUUAACAGAUAUCAUGAAUAAGACUAAAUAAAAUUGA